AUGGGUCGGAUCGCAGCCGGAGCAGGAGGAGGGCAGGGCGUGGUUAAGCAACCAGCCACCACCAACGGGAGCCUGGCUAUACGGCUUCGAUACCUCUUCCUUAUCGCCACCGUCUUCGGAGGAAGCUAUAUCAUCAUAUCCCUCACUACAUACACUAACACCAUAUUUGUCACCAACGAGGCGCAAUUCGGCUUCUCGCGGGACUUGCACCAUCAAAAAGAACCAAGUGAGAGGUACACGAUACGAACUAAAGGCUGCAGUAUACCAGGCCUCGACCCCUACGAUGAACAUAUCAAAGAAUUUGUAGAAUUCCCUCGAGAUAUGGAAUCAUGUCCUAAUGUCAAUAAAACAUUAUUAAAUAAUAAUAGGACGCACAUUUGGGUGUUGCAAGAUAAUAAACCACAUUAUAAUAUUAGUGAAGAUCAAGACUUCUCUUGUUGCUACAAGGCAUUCCAUCGACCUGCGACAAUACAAGAUAUAGAUGGUGUAGAAAUAGACGAUCGUAUCAAGUAUCAAGAUUGUGUUUAUUUUGAUGAUUUCAUAAAAGUGACUGAUGAAUUUGUGCGAGUUUUCUGUUAUUCCGAUGGAGCAGAAAUCUAUCAACAAUUUUUUUUAUUCGCACCGCACAAAGAAUUUAUGUCCCAUGGUACCAAAGAAAUAUCGGAUGAAAAGCGAGCUUAUAAUGUGAUAGUUAUGGGCAUAGAUGCGGUUUCGAGGAUGAACUUUCAUAGGACGAUGCCUAAAACCCUACAAUUUUUAAAAAGCAAAGGUACAGUUGAAUUAGUUGGAUAUAACAAAGUUGGCGAUAAUACGUUUCCGAAUCUAAUACCGCUGCUUCUCGGUAUUAAAGAAAGUGAAUUGAAAACAACGUGUUUACCUUAUGAUCAAUUGACAUUUGACAAUUGUCCGUUUGUGUGGGAGUGGUUCAAGCAGGCGGGGUACUAUACGGCGCUCGGCGAGGAUUCUUCACUGCUCGGAAGCUUUAACUACUUGAGGGUCGGCUUCAGCAAAACUCCGACGGAUUAUUAUCUCCAUACCUUCGUAAAUGAAGCUGAAACAAACGCUGGAAAAGUCAAAGAUUUUAAUUCGUACCUUUGCAUGGAUGAAAAAUAUUUUUUUCAAGUUUUAUUAGACUACAUAGAGGAUUUGACAAUAACACUUAGAUCUUCGAAAUUAUUUGGAUUUUUCUGGGAAAUAACUAUGAGCCACGAUUAUCUUAAUUAUCCAAUGAUAAUGGACACCAGUUAUGAAUUAUUUUUUAAGAAAUUAGAAAGGUCAAACUAUUUAGAUGACACGAUAGUUGUACUUCUAAGUGAUCACGGUAUAAGAUGGGGCAAAAUCAGGUCCACCAAGCAAGGACGAUUAGAGGAAAGACUACCAUUUGUAAAUAUUUUAGUGCCGCCAUCAUUUCGAGAAACAUACGUCUCGGCGUAUAACAAUUUGCGAAUAAACAGUCGACGAUUGACCACACCGUUCGACUUACACGAGACAUUAAAUGACCUCGUAGAUUUGAAGAAUAUUGAAGAUGAAAAAAUAAGAUCUCGAAGUAAUGAAUUCUACGCUUAUAAGAGAGGUAUUAGUUUAUUUUUACCAAUACCGGAUAAUAGAACUUGUGAAAUGGCAAGUAUCGAAGAUCAUUGGUGUACAUGUCAUAAGGGUAAGAAGAUUUCUAAGGAUAACAGCGAAGCAAUGGAAGCUGCAGCUCAUUUGGUGCGUCAAUUAAAUUCUCUGUUAAGUGAUCACGUCCAAUGCGCUAAACUCGCUCUCUCGCAGUUAAUCGAUGUUACGGAAAUGGAAGUAGGAACACCCAGUGUUGAUGAAGUUGGUUGGCGCGAAUUUAUGGUCACAGUUGAAACGACUCCCGGUAAUGGAAUAUUUGAGGCAACGCUCCGCCAAAGUAAAAUCGAAUGGACGCUGGCUGGUACUAUCAGCAGGCUGAAUCUUUACGGCGAUCAAAGCAUAUGCAUUCAUAACUAUCAACUGAAAUUAUAUUGUUAUUGUCAAUAAUGUGAUCCGAAUAUACGAUUAAUACACAUCCAAUUUUAAACAUUGUAUUAAAUCGAAUACGAUGUGGCAAGUGAAACAUUAUUGGAAAAAUGUUUUUUGAGGACUAUUUUUGAUAUGGACACGAUACAGUUUCAAGAAUACUUUA